AUGUACGGUGUGAGAGACAGACGAUCUUCAUCGACACUGUCUCAAUCUAUCUAUACCGAUGAAUCGAAUACGAAUACAUCUACAUUAAGUGAAUCCGCAUGCCUUCCAAUUGGUUGCUCAGUGAGUGCCAAGUAUCGAGGAGCUUUUUGUUCAGCACAAGUUAAAACAGUAGUUAAGCAGGUUCAACUUAAAGUAACACUCUUGACUACUGGUGAAACGAUCACUAUCUCUGAUGAACAAAUUGUUCAACCCGCUUUGCUACGUAUGGGACGUAUAGUAACCAUACGUUUACCUCUAUCUAUUCGCCAUGAAGCCACGCCACAUUUAUCACGAAGUGGUCUAGCAGCAAUUAUCAAUGCUAGCAAUAAUUACGAAGAAAAACAAGCAACUAUCAAACGAAUAUAUGAUAAUAGUACUUAUACCGUAGUAUUCAAUGAUGGUGAUGAGAAAUCUUUAAGACGUUCAUCACUCUGUCUCCAAGGUAUACGUUUAUAUCAAAAUCAAAUCGAUCAACAAAAACUUCUCGAAGACAUUCCAACACCAGCUAUAUUUACAAAUAGUAAUGAUAUGACAUCGAUUGUUGCUGUUCAACGCAGUGGAACAAGCAAUCAACAAGUUUUUCCUGCUCUAAAGCUCAAGCGUAAAUCGCUAGCAGAUUACAUGUGGAUCAAAAGUUUUCUCGAUGGUCGAGAAUAUAUUGUUCACAAACGUGAUGAUGUUUAUCCAUACAAGAAUAAUUCCGAAAUUCAGUCUCUCUGUCGUUCAACGUCGAAACAGGCGACGAAAGCAUGUGAGAAGUUUAUUAAGUAUAAUCAAAUACCGGUUAUUUGGCAGAAGAAGAAAUCUGUGAUAAAUGAUUCAACUGAAGAGAAACAUUUGAGUGAUAAUGAAUCGAGCACAAGUGAUACCGACGUUGACGAUAGUGAUGAAGAAACAACUGAAGAAAAAGAUUCAUUUGUUGCACAAUUAUUUGCCUUCAUGGAGGAUCGAGGAACACCGAUGAAUAAUAUUCCGAAAGUUCACGGCUAUAAUCUCGAUCUUCAUCGCUUAUUUAAAAUUGUUCGACGAUAUGGAGGAUACAAUAAAGUUGUGAAAAAUGAUCAAUGGGGGAAAGUAUAUAUCAAAAUGGGUUUACCUGAUGAAUCAUCUGUAAAAAAUAGUCGUCUGGUUGAAAAUGCUUAUAAAAAACACUUAUAUGCUUAUGAGGAAUUGUCAAAAAAAUUAGGUACAAUGACGGCACCAAACGCAUACUUUGGUGGACGUACUAGUUUGAGUAGUGAUUCAAGACGAAGUUUAAUUCGUGUGCGACAAUUAUCAGAUGAGAAGACAAAAUCAAAAUACAAUUCAACUUCGAACAAGCGUCAGUUUUCAAAGAGACAAUCCAUCGAUUCGAAACCGACAUUAACACCAGGCAAGCCUCGACGAAAAAAUUUACCAAUCGGCAAAACAAGAUCAUCGAAUGUAGUAUCAUCAAGCACAUCUGAUUCCGAGACAUCGGACGAUGAAACAACAAAUUCAUCGACAGUAUCAAGUAAUAAUCGCAUCAAGAAACAAGCGAACAACUCGCCUGUGAAAAAGUUCACACCUUCGUCUGAGGAGAAGAAACAACCUAAGAAUCAGACACAAAAAGUAACAACAGGGAAAAAACCGAAAUCAACAAACGAUGCGGACAAUGACAUGACACCAGUUAUCAAAAUUGCGAAGAUUUCCGAAGAACUUUUAAAAGAAUCGACACUAGUAACCCAUAAAAACCAUCGAGAACGAACAUCGAAGCAAACAGAAACACAUGACUUAACACCUUUACCAGUCACUCCUGUGUCACCAUCGCCUCCACCUUCAGCGGCCGAUGGAUCACCAUCGGUGUCAACAAGUAAUCAACAAAUUAAAACUUUAUCUGAUGAUGUGCCAGUUCUUGAAGUUUCUACAACAUUACCAACAUUAAUUCCAUCAUGGCUAACGAAACGAACCUAUUCGGACGACAAUUUCGAAUUCACCUACAAAACCGAGGAACAACUGUCUCCAUCGAAACGUUCUCGUUCAUCUUUAGAUAGCAUUGACACGAGCAGCAGUAGCAAGCAUUUCACGUAUGAUGAUCUACUUGUCAAUGACAAACUAAUGAUAAAACGUGAUACAAAUCGCCAGAAACAGUACUGUGUACGAUGUUUAGAAAAGAACGAUCAUACAAAAGAAUUACGCAUUCAAUACAUCGACGUAGAUUCGAAACAUGAUGAAUGGAUUGCAUUUGAUCAGGUUGUGAAACGUCGAAGCCAUUCGACCGAAGGAGAGAUCAGUGUCGAUCCAACUGUGUCAUUCAUAUCUAUUGAAGAAGAAAAGGCUCGAAGAGAAGGAACGAAUAAAACUAUGACAAGUAAUCCAGAUGAUGGAAUAUGGAAAAGUUUAGAAAUCAUAUCGUUAAAUGAAAACGAAUCGGUUCCUAAUUUCACAACGAAUGAUAACAAGUUUUCUUCAAGUGAACGAACUACAUCUUCCACGACAAGUGAGAAUCCAAUCUUCAUUAGCAUUAAUGAUACGUUGGAAUCCAUUGAUGAUAAUCCACGUCAACAAGCAAUUCCUGAUACGCAACUAUCAAAUCUAAGGAUUGUUUCAGCCGAGAGUGUUCAAAUCGACGAUAAUACAUCAACACCUGACAUCUUUAUACAUCCAGUUUAUGUCAAAGAAGAGAUCAUUGAUAACUCUUCCAGUAAUCAACCAGCAACUUCAUCUCCAAGAGAACCAUAUCUUCCUAAUAAUAUUCAGCCAUAUUCACCUAUGGAUAAUCGUCGUGCUUCAACGCGUCAACCGAAACGACGUAUAUAUCGACAAUCAUCGAUUUCUGCAAAGAAACGAACGAGAUUGGAGACAGAUUUAAAUAGCAACUCUUCGAUCGAUAAUCUUCCGAACAAUAACGAACAAAUUUUAAUGAUAAAUGACCAACAGCAACAAACGAUUGAAUUGAAACGAUACCGACUGAAUGGAAAACGAGGAGGAAAACGAACGAUUAAUCCAACAGAUAAUGAAAAUGAAGAUUACCAUACGAAUUCUUCAGUUAAUUUAACAUUGCGAGAACAACUAGAAGACAUGUUCAAAAGCCGACCAAGUCGUUACAAUUUUCUUGAUCUCAACAACGACAUCACCGGCGAUGAACGUUUAGCACAUUUAAAAGAUCGUAUGCGACAAUGCCAAAAAGUCUUUCUCAAUCUAAAAAGUGCCUUGACAAGAGUAGAAAAACAGAAAAGGCUUUUUAUUCGACGUCAAAAAUUGACGACUGCUCAAUCGACCACCAACGAGCUUCUAUUAUCAUCGUCUUGUAAAUGA